UAACGCGCCAGCGACCAUGCCGCCGCCGCCGUCCGCCCUCACCGCCUCCGCCGCGGCGUCCUCCUUCCUCCGCUCGCUGCCCCCUCCCAACCUCUCCGCCCUCCGGCCUUCCCCAUCGCUCAAACGCUCAGCAGGCCACUCCCGCGUGGUCGCGCGGGCCUCUGCGUCCGGCGCCGCCGCCGAGGCCGAGACGGUGUUCUUCGAUGGCGGCGCGCACUACGGCGACCUGGCGGCGAACCUCGUCCUCGGGCUGACCCUGCUGUGGCUGCCGCUGACCCUCGCCUCCGUGUCCCGCGCGCUCCUCCUCCGGUACCGCUUCACCUCCCGCCGCGUGACCGUCAUCUCCGGGCUCUCCGGCGACGACCGCACGGACUUCCCCUACUCGUCGGUGAGGGAGGUGGUGGUCGUGCCGCGGUUCAUCGGCGAGUGGGGCGACAUCGUCAUCACGCUCAAGGACGGCACCAAGGUCGACCUCAGGAGCGUGCCCAGGUUCCGCGAGGUCGCCGACUACUGCCGCAAGAUGGCCGCCGCCGAGGGCGGGCUCGGGACCCGGUGAAGGCGGCGAGGAAUGUGCCGUGUUCAGCUGUGCAGAGAUUUUCUUCUUUCUUGCUCGCUUGUUUGUCUGUUGUAAGUCGUGAUGUGAAGACUGAAAAUUCUGACGAAAGCUCGAUCAGUAAUAUGAGCUGGUGUUCAUCUUGCUACUGUAAUUUUCAGAUCAUCCUUGCUACUGUAAUUACUACAACUGCAAGUAUCGUUUUCUGGAGAUA